AUAAUUUCGUUCAAGAAAUUGGACAUGUCGCCCAAGAAUCAAAAAGCGUUUUAUUUUUCUUCCGGACUGAUAUUCGAAGUUUGUUAUAUACACUAACAGGCGGGAGAGAAAAACCUGGUGAAGAACGAAUUGAUAGUGUAUCAGUUAAACAACAGCAGCAAUAUCUUGCGGAGGGAACACUUAAGAUUUUAAAAAUGUUAGCUUGGAAAUUACAGAUGAUGCUAUAUGGUAUAACGUACAAGGAGAUUAUUGUGUUUGUUACAAAUCGUGUAGCAACUUUUGGAAGAUGCCAUACUCAUAAAUCUACUCUUACCUAUGUUAAUAGAGAUGACGUUGAUAAUGUUUUCAUAAAGGCUAAGAAUAAGGAGUUUUUUGCUAAAGGAUUAAUGACCCUUGAAGAAUAUGAAAUAAUAAGAUAA